UGCGGUCUUAACUGUGUUGUUGUACAGAUAGGCUCGACGGGCAUCAUUUAAUUCAGCCCCCACUGGUGGAGUACAAGAUCCCGGGAGGAAGAUGAUGCUCUCACGUGCCAAGCCUGCUGUGGGCAGUGAUCCUCAGCAGGUGGAUAAACGAAAAAAGAAAGGAAAGAAAGUACCUAAAUUGGAUGAACUCCUGGCAUUGCGGGAUUUUACUGGAGCAAUAACACUGCUGGAGUUUAAGCGUCAAGUUGGGGAGAGUGAAGAGGAUGCAGACUUGUGGCUUGGAUACUGUUCAUUCCAUCUAGGAGACUACAAAAAGUCUUUAGAGGUUUUUAAAUCUGCAAGCCAGCAGGAAGGUUGUAACCCAGAUGUCUGGGUAAACCUGGCUUGUACCUACUUCUUUUUGGGAAUGUAUAAAGAGGCUGAAGAGGCUGCCAACAAAGCACCUAAAAGUCGUCUGCAAAAUCGUUUGUUGUUCCAUUUGGCCCAUAAGUUUAAUGAUGAGAAGAAACUCAUGGUCUUUCAUCAGAACCUGCAAGACAUUAUUGAGGAUCAACUGAGCCUGGCAUCUAUUCAUUACAUGAGAUCUCAUUAUCAGGAGGCUAUUGAUAUAUACAAAAGAAUACUGCUUGAAAACAGGGAGUUUUUGGCUCUAAAUGUCUACGUGGCUUUGUGCUACUAUAAACUCGAUUAUUACGAUGUAUCGCAGGAAGUUCUUGCUGUAUAUUUGCAGCAGGUUCCUGACAGCACCAUUGCACUGAAUCUCAAGGCUUGCAAUCAUUUCCGACUGUAUGACGGGAAGGCAGCUGAAGCAGAGCUGAAAAGUUUAAUGGACAAUGCCCUAUCUUCAUUUGAAUUUGCGAAGGAACUCAUCAAGCAUAACCUUGUUGUAUUCCGUGCUGGAGAGGGGGCUUUACAGAUUCUUCCACCUCUGGUUGAUGUUAUUCCUGAAGCACGUUUAAAUUUGGUGAUAUAUUACCUCAGACAAGAUGACGUACAAGAAGCUUUCAACUUGAUCAAAGAUCUUGAACCCUCUACUCCUCAGGAAUACAUUCUUAAGGGUGUUGUAAAUGCAGCUUUGGGUCAUGAAAUGGGUUCGAGAGACCAUCUAAAAAUUGCCCAACAGUUCUUUCAGCUUGUUGGUGGAUCAGCCAGUGAAUGUGAUACAAUACCUGGGAGGCAAUGUAUGGCCUCAUGCUUUUUUCUCCUGCGGCAGUUUGAAGAUGUUUUGAUCUACCUUAAUUCUAUUAAGAGUUACUUCUACAACGAUGACACAUUUAACUUUAACUAUGCUCAGGCCAAAGCAGCAGCUGGCAACUACAAGGAGGCUGAAGAGGCAUUUCUGUUAAUCCAGAAUGAGAAGAUUAAAAAUGAUUAUAUUUACCUUAGCUGGCUUGCCCGAUGCUAUAUAAUGAACAAAAAUCCAAGGAUGGCCUGGGAGUUAUAUUUGAAGAUGGAAACAUCAGCAGAGUCAUUUAGUCUUCUACAGCUGAUUGCCAAUGAUUGUUAUAAGAUGGGUCAGUUUUAUUACUCUGCUAAAGCCUUUGAUGUGCUGGAGAGGCUUGAUCCCAGUCCUGAAUACUGGGAGGGGAAGCGAGGAGCUUGUGUCGGAAUAUUUCAGAUGAUUUUGGCAGGUCGUGAACCCAAAGAAACAUUAAGAGAAGUACUGCACUUACUUAGAAGUACAGGGAGUACACAAGUGGAAUACAUUAUUAGAAUUCUGAAGAAAUGGGGCAAAGAUAACCGUGUACCUGUGUGAACAUAAGCAUUCUGACCAACAGAGCAAUCUUCAAUUAAUGGCUUCUAAAUAUUGCACUUUUUAUAUGUAUUUUUAUAUGUAUUAUGCAA